CUUCUUUUCACAUUUUAACCAACCCGUGAACUUAGCCUCUUGCGUCGUACCCUCAUUAUCAUUAACUGAACAUUUUUAAAGUCUUAUUAUAGUCUUUGGGAAUUUUCAACACUGAGUAUUACUUUUACGGAUCAUGCUUUUGUAAAUCUCAGUAUUUUGUUAACUUUUGUUGAAAGAAACGCAACAUUAACAAAAAAUAAAUGUACUUAAGAGCUUUAUUACUGUGGUACUUAAUGAGGACGGCCGAGGGUGAGUUUUUCGGUUCGGAUCAAUUCAAAACAAAUGUAAAUGUUCUAGAGAAAGGUGUUCAUAACUUAUACCAUAGUGCGACAAAAAUUUGUGGCUUUAUCCAUCGGAAGAUAAUCUCAGACUAUUACAAGAAGUUAGGCCUAGUUCCUUCUGAGAAUGGAAAUGACAUAAACUGGUCUGAAGUCGCAAAGUACUUUAUAGGUUAUAUAACACUGUCAUCGAUAUGCCUUGUACUUUCUAUUGUUGUGCCUGUAACAUUUUUGAUUAUAUGUUGCUGCCGAACGAGAGGAAAGUGCGGAAGAGAUAAUACUCCCCGAGAAAAGUCGAGAGAUAGAACUGUGAGGAUUGCGUGCUCUUCUAUACUAGCAGUUUUGACUAUAGGAACUUUUUUCUGCCUCUUCUUUGCCUACACAUCUAAUGAUAUAUUAUCGGAAACUGUAUCGGAACCGAACGGUGUGCUGUCCAAAUCAAUAAGGAAUCUGAAGAGGAUGGCAAAUUAUAGGGAUAAUAUUAUAAAGGAAAUGCUGGAUUUGAGAACAAAAGCACGUUCAUUAGCUUACAAAGCCAAAAAGGAAUUGAAAGACUUAGCUUUUGAGGAAAUUUUCAAUAAUUCAACAGAUUUAAGUGAAAUCAGUCGUCAAAAUGAAUUGGCUAUAAAUUUUACAAAGAGUAUUCAAGAAAGUUUCGUGAAAUAUCAGCAUGAUUAUCAUUAUGUAUAUAAUAUAUCCGAAAAACUUCAAGAAUAUCUUCCGAAUAUAUCUUUAGCUGAGCAAUUAGAUAACAAUGCUUGUACUAGAUUGAUAAAGUCGAAAAAUUUAGCAAACGAGAUAAAGAAUUUCAACGAUAAUAUCUUUAAAACUAUUGAAAAUGUUAUGAAGAAAUUAUCGGGGAAAAUUACUGAUGCUUAUGAAUACAGAAAUAAUCUCAUGAACAAUUUUACAGUUGUAUUCAAAUCUCAUAAACAAUUGAUUCAAGAAGCUGAUAUUGGAGCAGAAAAAAUAGAAUUGAUAGAUGAGAUGAUUUCGCGAUUAAGAGAUUUGCCACUUAAUCGAACUUUGGUUGCUAUUUCAACAAAACCAAUGAGUGACAAUAUACAACAUUAUGAGUUUUUUCGCUUCGGUUUAUCACUUGGCCUCUGUUUGCUUAUAAACAUCAUCCUCAUAAUUUACGCUGUUGCCCUUAUACUGCCUUGCCUCUACGGACCAAAGCAUCCUCGGAAAAUGCAUGCAUCUGCUGAAGUUGCCAGCUCAUUCUUGGUUCUUGGCACUGGUCUUGGUAUUGUGGCGUUCAGUAUUUCUUUAGGGAUGGUUGUAUUCCUCUUCUUAUUUGGGGGUAUUACUUACACAGAAGUCUGUAGAUAUGCUCAGCCGUCAAUUUCGGAUAUUGGGAGGACACCUUUGGGUAAUGUCAUUAAUGCUGUUGUCAACGAAAGACUUUUGAAAGGAACACCUGUGUAUAAUAUUUCGGUAACUGAUGUUUUAAGUAACUGUCAAAGUAAUGUAAGUAUUUACGAAGCCCUAAAUCUAGAGUCUGCGUUACAUUUAAGAGACUACUUUAACGAUGGUGAUCGAAUAGAUCAAAUUGGUAGUCUCUAUAGUGAUCUUGGUAAAGCAAUUAAACCUUUGGAAAAUCAUAGUAUUUAUCCGUCAAAACAUCAAUUUGAGGAAUUUGAAUCAUCUUUAAAGAAAUUUUCAAAGGGGAAGAGAUACAUUAAGAGAAUGAAGGACUGGACCGAAGGUUGGCAUACUUGCUUCAAGACUCUAUAUAAACAUAAUGAGAUUAAGACAGUGAGAAAUUUAUACAAAAGGGAUAUAAAAAAUAUGAAAAGUAUUGUAUCUAACUUAAAUAAUGUACAAUAUAAAAAAAUUCUAAGGGAAUCAAGAAAUGUCUCCGAUUUAAUUUCCAGUGUUAGUGAUCUUUUUCAAGCUCGAAUUGAAGAAAUUAAAACAUUCCAGGAUAGAAUGGCUGUGGAUGGUAUUUAUAAAAUCCACAAUAUGGCAAAGCUGAUAAUCCCUUUACAAUCAUUAAAGCAUCUAAUUUUUCAUGAUAUGGGUAGAUGUGGUCAUCUAUACUCGUCUCUAGAAGAGUUGUUUACUUUUGGAUGCACAGACAUACUACAAGCCCUAAAUGCUUUUUGGGUGGCAAUGGGUAUUGCUGUUAUGCUACUGUUACUUAGUUUUAGUGCAACUACAUCAUUAGUUGUUCUAAAUAGAAGAAAAGGGAAGAGUUCUCAGUGUUACAAGGAGCUUAAUAACGUUUCCGAUUCACCUAGAAAGUCUGCCGCAAAUAAAUUACAAUGGAGAAAUGAAAAAAAGUCGCUAAAGACAGUGAAAACAGAUUUACUCUUAUUAACUCCUCCAACCGGAGAUGAAAGUCCAGAUCUAUCACGCCGUUAAUUUACUUAACAACCGAUUUCUUUCAUAAUAGAUAUUUUUUACGAUUCCAAACUAGAGAAUCAUAUUUAUCUACUUUAAUACAUCUUUUCCAAUUUUGCGUUUAGCAUUCUUUGGAAAAUUGAAAAUUU